AGGGAACCUAAUUUUAACCGCCCUUCGAGUGCUUGGGUUCGAGACGCGCCCAUGGGUCCGCUGCCAUGGCUUGGUAGGUACCGUGAAUUGUUCUGCUUGUUGUGAUGAUGACUCAAGCUGUCUUGGCGGUUGAUAUAACCUCAAUCCUGCCUCCCCGUUCUGUUCUCUGGCCCUUUGGCAGCUCCUCUUCUGCCCAAUGCGGCUUGAUGCUUCCACCAAGCCACAUCACGCGCUGACUUGUCUUCACUUCGACAUUGCCCUGGUGGCCCCUUUUUGAUACCCUUUUUCUGUUUCCUAAUGCUAGUGGCUGUUCCUUCGCUGUGCCGGGUGCCCUUCCUUUCAUAAUGUCGAUGAAAUCUUGCCCAGUGUCGGGCAUGGCCGGUGGCCAGUGUCCUGCUGGUUCAGUCUCUGGCAACAGCAGGUCCAGCAGUCGCAUGGGUCCAAGGGGCUGCACCUUUUCGGGUUAUUGCCAGCCUGGCGAUAUCCAUGCUGCUUUCGACAUCCCUAGAGGAGUUGAUGCCGAAGAAUGGCUCCGGAUGAGGGAGCGAAAGGCCAUCAAUGAGAUACUCUACGCCAACAUCCCAACGCCAAAGGAGAUUGGCAACAUGAAGAACAUAGACUCGCUCAAUGCCGCCGAGCAUGAUCUGCUAGCCGUUGCUCUUGGGGCUCCUGCGCGGCAGGUAAUGAUCAGGGCAGAGGAGAUAGGCCCGAGGACGGGGUGGAAGGAUGGACACCUCAGUGCCGAACAUGGCUUUUGCCCUCCCGACUACGAGGAGGCGCCCGGCGCGCUCGCUAACUCCCCCGGAAGGAUAUGGUCGGACUUGUGCGAGCGGAUGCCGGGCUGCGUGGCUAGGGGCCGUGUGCGGGAGUCCGUCGCCGCACUCCCUCUGGUCGAAGGAACAGAGGACGUCAUUCCCGAUAAAGCAUUGUGGGCUGCUGUGGUGGCAUUGGGCAUGCUCUGCUCCAUCUACCGAUACGAGGAUAAGAACGACGGACAUGAGGGCGUGACGGUGACUUCUACCAGGUACCGACCCAACUGUGAAAUGGGUGACGACCUUGGGGAGGAGCUUGUGGGAAUUCCUCGAUGCAUCGCACUCCCAUACUGGCAGAUCUCGAGACGGCUCGGCCGCUCCAUUCCUUUCCUCAGCUUCCCGGACCAAUCCAGCCUGAACAUGAAGAUCAAGAAUCCUGCGUCGACAUAUCCGUACGUUGGCCGCUUUGACAAUAUGGAGAUGCGCUGGCCUGUUUUCGGCGAGAGAACCGAGAUAGCCUUCCAGAAGGGCUGCGCCGAGACGUCAGCAUCCUUCCAACACGGCCCAGAUGCCAUUGCCGCCUGCCAGGAACACGUCAUGAAUCGGAAUGUGGAGGGCCUUCUCCGAGAGAUGAUUCGCCUAAAGGAGAUUCUCGAGCGCAUGCCCAAUGCCUUCCACUCGAUCAACACUAAUCCCAACUCUGGCGAAAACUACGUCCCGGGCCACCAGUGGAUUCGAUGGGGCAAGUUCUCAGCACCGCUCAGCAGACGAUGUCCUGCAUCCUCUGGUCUGCAGUUUCCGCCAUUCCUCGUCAUGGAUGCCUUUCUUGGCCGCAAGAAGUACGACUCCUUCCUUGGCAAGGAGGGCCUCCACCUCCGCGCGUGGCUGCCGACGAACAUGAGGGCCUUCAUCGCAGCCAUCGAGUACCACUAUCGCAUCCCGGAAUUUGUCCAGCAGUCCGGAGACCCGCGGCUGAUGGGAGUGCUCGAUGGGAUUAUCGAGGCGUACACGGGGGAGCGCGGCUUCAUGGGUACGCAUCGGUACAAGGUCUUUGGCAUUCUUGAGAUCGCGAGUAAGACGGGACGGACCGAGACUAAUGGCCUUUCUGGAGCCCCGGACAUGAAUGGCAAACCCUGGGAGGAAACACAUAGGCAGUUCUCCGAGGCGAUGAAAGAGCGCCUGGAACCCUACCGCGGCAACAUCAUGGUCGAGCCACACCAGAUGCGCGGCACCUUUGAGGAGUGCCGCUACAGGUCGCGCGUGCUCAGCCGUUCGUUCGUCGACUCAGACCCGAACCGCUCCAUUGCCAUGGUUACACUCGAUCUCGAGAACACGGGUAUUACCUUCCAGCCAGGCGACCGCCUCGCUGUCAUGCCACUGAAUAGCUGGGAAGAGUGCGCAAAGGUCGCUGCGGCCUUGGGCCUCGCCGACUACCUCGACUACAGGGUCACGCUGAAUGCACAAUGGCAGCGAUUUGCCCAGCACCUGGGGUCAGUGCGUCGUACUUCCACGCCACAGCUAACGGUGAAGGACAUCCUAAGACGAGGACACCUUGCCCCCAUCACAAAGGAACUCGCCCUGAAAGUCCAUGAGUUAGUGCGCGCAUCAUCCAACACGGUCCUCCAAGUUCUUGCAACGACCGAGUGGCCAGUUAGAGGUUCGCUCGGCGACCUCCUGCAGGCUGCUGUAGCGGACACGAACCCGCAUAUCUGGGAUCGAGCAUUUGAUCUCUCAGGAGAUCUGUCGUGGCUAGCCGACUUGAUCACCGUUGAGGUGCCGAGGACCUACUCGAUUUCCAACUACUCCCAAGAGCUGCUACCCUCAGCGGUCGAAUUGACGGUCUCGCGCGCCGAAUACAAACUUUGCCCGACAUUUGCCGGGAACGGCGAAGUCACCUGCGCCGGCGUGGGGAGCGGGUUUCUUAACCCAUUCCUAUCCUCAAACGACGAGCUGAUCGAAACUGACGAGGACAUUCUCGUCGGCGUCUCUCGCCCUCUCAAUUUCCAGCUUCCGGUCGACCGGGCGGCGCCCUGCGCUUACUUUGCUGGCGGCAGCGGCAUUGCACCGUUCAGGAGCUUCUGGCAGGCUCGCCUUGCGUCCCAAACCAAUGCCGCAGGAAGAGAUCUCCUCUAUCUUGGGGUACAAUCCCGAGAAAAGUUUUGCUACGAAGAAGAGCUUCGCGAGUACAUUGAUGCAGGUUUGAUGGAGGUCCACCUUGCCUUUUCUCGCGAUAGCCGCGGCCUUGUGUACGACCGCAGAUCCCGCGAUCUGAUUGAGAAGGAGAUGCCACCUCGAUACAUCGACGCUCUGAUCGUGGAGCAGGCAGCUACCAUAUCGGAGCUUGUCAUGUCCAAGAAGCAAGGCGGGCUUGGAGGUUAUCUGUAUGUCUGCGGCUCCGUUGCCGUCUUCGACUCGGUCAUGAACGGUAUCCGCAAGGCCAUCUACAACCACUGCAGCGCUACCAUGGAGACUGCUGAUAUGAUCAUCAACAAGGCUUUUGCCGAAAGGCGGUUUAUGCUGGAUGUCUUCAUGACCCCUAAACCGCUACCGUGCAAUCUGCCUACAAUCUCGCUUUCCCAGCUUGCCCGUCACACCGGCCACCGGCCCGGCGGGCGCAUGUGGAUUGGUGUUCACGGAGCAGCAUACGAUGUCACUGACUUUACUCCCCUUCACCCCGGAGGGAGUCUCAUCAUCAAGUCCAACGCAGGCGUUGACUGCUCCAGGACAUUCGAUAACCUUGCUCACACGAACAACCCGGAGGUCAGCAGCCUCCUGACCAAAUACUUUGUCGGACAUAUGACGCCCAAGCCCGAUUUCCACAGCUCGCCGGAGCUGUCAAGCCUGUAUGAUCUUUGGGCCGCCUACCUGCGUACGACAGUGGAGACCCUGGUUGCGCACCAAUUCGAGAUGUACGAGAUCAUGGGGGCUAGCGACGACGGAACGAGCGAUAUGCAUCUCCGGGGGUCUGAGAAUGUGUGGUCGCGUGAACACCUCGUCAACAUUGGCCUUGGCGUGCGCAUGUUUUAUGACUACCAGUCGCGGCUGCUGCAGGGUGGCUUCUCAGCAUUAUUUGGACCCAAACUUCAAGAGCUGGUCUUGAAGCUCUCAUUUGCCCUCGCCGACUCGGCGGGCUCCGGAACCGAGAUGCGAUUGCCGGAUGUGCUGGGCAUUAUUGCUCGCGCAAAGACAUCGCCCGACGCCGUGGCGACCUCUCAGGAAGUGGCGCUUGUCGGGCAGUUUGUGUGCGAGAACAGCAACAACGUCCGCUUUGCGGAACGCGGCAUCUUCAACUAUGCCGCCAAGAGCGUCGAGCUUGAUAUUGAGCUUCUCGAGGACAUACGUGAGGAGGCAUGCCAUGGCAUGGACGCGUUCGACAGCAUCGCGGCCAUGGACGCGGUCAGUGACGGCCAGCGGUUGACGGUGCUGGCCAGCUUCUUGAUGCAAACACUUGAGAGGAUGGCAAAGAAGCUGGAAGUAUUCUACGGCAAGCUCGCCCGGUGCAAUGUCUACCAACCGGAGCUGGAGCGCAAUCCCGCACGAGCGCGCUGGAAUCUCGUGCGGCGGAAGAUCCACGACGGCUCGUUCUUCGUCCUCACGCAAGAAAAAGUCCUCGGUGCCGCGCCGGCCUACAUCCCCGAGAAGCACCGCCAGACAGGCGUCGACUUUGACAAUGUCAUGAGCCGCAUCCAGGCGAGCAUACGCAGUGCUCCCAAGAUCGGGCCAGUGCCACAGACGCUCAACGCCAUGCAUCUCGCCAGGGCCAGCACGCCGCCGGCAGAAACCACCAGCGCGGUGGCUGCCUACGAAAACCAGACGGCCAUGCAGGCCAUGUCGAGCUUCAUUGACGCCAACAUGCGCUCGAUCCGCAGGCUCAGCAAGCUGCCUCCCAUGAACUUUAGCUUUGAGCAGCUCCAAGCGGCAAUGGAGCAGCAGCACUUUGAGAAUGCAGCCCGACCCGCCGCCCACCCUCCCACCCCGCCGUCGACCGCCAGCUCCUCGGGCAGGACACCGCUGCAUGCACCCGAGACCCUGUCGCGGAUGACCUCGCUGGAGAGAAUGAUGAUGGGGCCGCCAUCUCAAACCACCCAUGGCGGCAAUUUAAACCCUGGACAACGUGGCAGACUCCACAGCCGAGCCUCGCAGUUCUCGGUUCACAGCGCCAGCGCCGCUGGCCCUACUGGUAGUCACGCCAUGGGCAUGGGAAUGAAUCCUUAUGGCAUGGGCAUGGGCAUCCGCUCGCCGCCCACGCCGCCGCCUCUUGACGCGGCGGCGGCCAUGACGGCCAUGAUGGGCAAGCUCAAUGUGCGCGGUCGCGGUCGCUCGGUGCCGCCUUCCCCAGUCAUGUCGGUGGGUAGCCACAGUGUCGCCGGGGGUGGUGGCGGUAUGGGUGGUGGUGGUGGUCAUGGUGCGGCGAGGGUGGGGAGGAGUAUGAGUGUGCGGUCUGGGUCCGGUUCAGUUUCGAAUCGUGCGCCGGUGAAUUCGCAUGCGCCCAAGCUGUCGACUAAUUCACUGAGGUCGUUUAAGUUGGGGAGUGCGGGUCUGAGUGGGAAUGUUGGGUUGCCGUCUGGGUCUGGGGGACAUGGACAUGGAGAGAGGUUGCCUGUGGGUGUGAGGAUUGCGCCGACGUUUUGAGUGUUGGGACUGGGAUUGAUGUGAGUCUGGUGAGUCGGUGAUUGAUAUGUAUUCUGGCUCUUUGGGUAACAGCUGCUCUACGUGUACAUACAUGUCUGCACCCUUCUAGUUAGCACAAACGAUACAAUUAUCAGCAUUAGAGAUGUAUAGUUCAGUAGGUAGUCAACUUGUAGUGGUGGAAAACUGGGCCGAAUUGUCUGGAUCUCGAGUGUGUGGGAACCGCAUCGGCAGGCUCGGGAGCAAAAUGGCAAAUGCAUCAAAUCCACAAUUUCACAUCAAGUGCUGUCAACCUCAUUAGCACUCACUCGCUCCCGGCCUGUCAAGAGAUUUUGGACAGGGCUGCGCUACGGAUAGACAUGCGCUCGAUGCGUUGAACUGGGGUAUCACAAGGACUGUUGGUACUUUCGAUAGCUCAGGCUUUUUGCG